GCGGAGCGGCGGCACCAUGGCCUCCGAGAGCGAGGCGCAGCGAGCGCUGCAAUAUGAGCAGACCUUGAUGUAUGGGCGUUAUACGCAGGACUUGGGCACCUUUGCCAAGGAUGAGGCAGCCCGGCUGCGGCUGCAGGAGGGGGACACGCCCCGGCCCCGCCGCCCCUCGGAGCUGCUGGAGUACAGCCAGGGCCGCUGUGGCCCCUGUCGUGUCUGCGCCUUGCAGUGCCAGCGGUUCCUCAUCUCCAAGGUGGGCGAGGACUGGGUUUUCCUCAUACUGCUGGGACUGGUCAUGGCACUGGUCAGCUGGGCCAUGGAUUUCGCCAUUGCCACGUGCCUCCAAGCUCAGAAGUGGAUGUACGGAGGCCUGGACACCAACGUGCUGCUGCAGUACAUGGCUUGGGUCACCUACCCCACUGUGCUCAUCACCUUCUCCGCUGGAUUCACCCAGAUCCUUGCCCCCCAGGCCGUGGGCUCAGGGAUCCCCGAGAUGAAGACCAUCCUGCGGGGCGUCGUGCUGAAGGAGUACCUCACCCUCAAAACCUUUGUGGCCAAGGUGAUCGGACUGACGUGUGCCCUGGGCAGCGGCAUGCCCCUGGGCAAGGAGGGUCCCUUUGUCCACAUCGCCAGCAUGUGUGCAGCCCUGCUCAGCCGCUUCCUCUCCCUCUUCGGGGGCUUCUAUGAGAAUGAGGCAAGAAACAUUGAAAUGCUGGCAGCUGCCUGCGCUGUCGGUGUUGGCUGCUGCUUCGCCGCCCCCAUCGGAGGCGUCCUCUUCAGCAUCGAGGUCACCUCCACAUUCUUUGCCGUCCGCAACUACUGGCGUGGCUUCUUCGCUGCCACCUUCAGCGCCUUCAUCUUCCGUGUCCUUGCUGUCUGGAACAAGGAUGAAGAGACAAUCACGGCACUGUUCAAAACCCGCUUCCGCCUCGACUUCCCCUUCGACCUGCAGGAGCUGCCUGCCUUUGCCGUCAUCGGGAUCGCCAGCGGCUUCGGGGGCGCACUCUUCGUCUACCUCAACCGCAAGAUUGUGCAGUUCAUGCGCCGCCAGAAGACCAUCAAUCGCUUCCUCAUGAAGAAGCGCCUGCUCUUCCCUGCCUUGGUGACACUGAUCAUCUCCACGCUGACCUUCCCACCCGGCUUUGGACAAUUCAUGGCUGGCCAGCUCACACAGAAGGACACCCUGGUGACACUCUUUGACAACCAGACAUGGGCCAAGCAGGGGAUCAGUGAUGAGUUCGAAUACUUGGGCAUCCUGGAAGCCUGGCACCAUCCCCGCUCCAACAUCUUUGUCACACUUGUUGUCUUCAUCCUCAUGAAGUUCUGGAUGUCAGCCUUGGCCACUACCAUCCCAGUGCCCUGUGGAGCCUUCAUGCCUGUCUUCGUCAUUGGGGCAGCCUUUGGGCGCCUGGUGGGGGAGAGCAUGGCAGCCUGGUUCCCUGAUGGCAUCCACACGGACAGCAACAUCUACCGCAUCGUGCCGGGGGGCUACGCCGUGGUGGGGGCAGCUGCACUGUCAGGUGCUGUCACCCACACGGUGUCUACGGCCGUCAUCGUCUUCGAGCUGACAGGGCAAAUCUCGCACAUCCUGCCUGUCAUGAUCGCUGUCAUCCUGGCCAAUGCCGUCGCCCAGAGCCUCCAGCCCUCUCUCUACGACAGCAUCAUCCGCAUCAAGAAGCUUCCCUACCUCCCUGAGCUGGGCUGGGGCCACCACGAGAAAUACAACGUGCGGGUGGAGGACAUCAUGGUGCGGGAUAUCCGCUAUGUCACCCUCAACUGCAAGUACCGGGACCUGCAGCAGGUCCUGCACAGCACCAAGAUGAAGAACCUGCCUCUGGUGGAGUCAGCUGAGUCCAUGAUCCUGCUGGGCUCCAUUGAGCGGACGCAGGUGGGGGCCCUGCUCAGCAGCCAGCUCAGUCCCCAGCGCCGGCUCAUGACGCUGCGGCAGAAGGUGCUGUCUGAGGAUGGGCACCGGCUCUCCGAUUCCAGCAUCCGCUUCCAGAUCAGCACAGAGACCUCCUCGGGGACCCCUGCCCGCCCUGCACUCCGCAAGCCCCUGAAGCCAGCGCUGAAGCGGGUGCCCAGCAGCCCACCAGACAGUCCCCCAGCUGGCAGCACUGACCACACUGGCAUCGCCCUCAAGAGCCUCUUCUGUGCCAACCCCUCCACAGAGCCCACCGAGGCCCAGGGCACAGCCUAUCACAAGGCCAAACGCGUCCGCAUUUCCAUUGUGGAGGAGAUGAUUCUGGGUGACAAGAUGACUCCAGCAGAGAUCCUGGAGUGGGAAGAACAGCAGCUAGACCAGCUGGUGGACUUCAGCAGUGCCAAGAUCGACCCCGCACCAUUCCAGCUGGUGGAGCACACCUCACUGCACAAGACCCACACCAUAUUUUCGCUGCUGGGCCUGGACCACGCAUUUGUCACCAGCAUUGGGCGGCUGGUGGGCAUGGUGUCCCUCAAAGAGCUGCGCAAGGCCAUCGAGGGCUCACUGACGGGCAAGGGCGUGAAGGUGCGCCCGCCGCUCGCCAGCUUCCGCGACAGCACCGCCAGCACCACCGAGGCUGACACCACCGCCCUGCGCCAGCUCUGGGACCGCCACCAGCACCACCACAUGCCCCGCGAGGCCAGUCCUGGGGGCGAUGAUGAUGAUGACACCCCCAAGGGCGAGUGAGACUCUUGAGAUACAUCCCCCUGUGUCCCUGGAAGCCACAAGGGCCCCCUGACAGGUGCCGGGGGUUGCCCUCCCUGAGCCCACUGAUGCCAGGCUCUGCAGAGGCGUGGGCGCCCUCAAUCCAGUGCCUCUGCUCCGUCCCUGGGCUGGGGACCAGCCAAAUACCCCCUAGCCAGCCCAUCCUCCCCAACUAUCUGCCAGCUCUUGGGGCUUCCCACUUUGCUACCUCUGUAUCCCCCCAUUUCCUGGUGCCCCCCAGAAUGGCCACAGCCCUCAGACUCUCCAUGAGGACCACAAUGUCCCUUCUCAGGGUGGCAUGGGGUGGACAGGGGCAUCAGGUUGGGGUGUCCAUGGGCACAUGGGUCGGCAUUGCCCCCUGUGCUCAGCACCUCAUGGCUGGGAACAUGGGGUGCUGCUGCCUCUCUGCCAUGCACUUCUCCCCAUGUAAAUACAGAGAUUUUUAUAUUAAUUUAAUAAAAGGACUUUAUAAACAGA